AGCUUAGGCGGCUUUAAUCUAAAACCGAAAAGAAAAAAUGGCCAAGGAGCUCUGUUUUGGAAUGACAGCCAUGUUAUCCAUAAACACUUGGCAAGGGCAGCAGCACCACCACCAUUGGCCGAGGUCCCAGCUAUCCCCGCGUCCCAUCUCAGUCACCCGUCGCCUCACCAAGCAUUCCCGGUUUCGAGUGUUCUGCCAAAGCGUCGAAACGCAGGCGACGAGCGUGGUAUAUGACCCGGAGUUCGGUGCCAAAGUCGGGCAAGACCGUCUCUUGAAGGUCCCCGUUUCGAACAUUAGGAAUUUCUGCAUCAUAGCACAUAUUGAUCAUGGGAAAUCAACUCUGGCGGACAAGUUGCUUCAGAUGACGGGUACCGUCCAGAAGCGAGAAAUGAAAGAGCAGUUUCUUGAUAACAUGGACUUGGAGAGGGAAAGAGGCAUUACAAUUAAACUUCAGGCAUCCCGAAUGCGGUAUAUAUUUGAAAAUGAACCAUAUUGCCUGAAUCUAAUUGACACACCAGGGCAUGUAGACUUCUCUUAUGAGGUUUCUCGGUCACUUGCUGCAUGUGAGGGUGCUCUACUUGUUGUAGAUGCUUCUCAGGGUGUGGAAGCACAAACUCUUGCUAAUGUAUAUUUGGCCUUGGAGAACAACCUUGAAAUUAUCCCUGUUUUAAACAAGAUAGAUCUUCCAGGUGCUGAGCCAGAUCGUGUUGUCAGGGAGAUUGAGGAGGUUAUUGGUUUAGACUGUAGCAAGUCAAUACGCUGCUCAGCUAAGGAGGGAAUUGGUAUAACAGAAAUUCUUAAUGCCAUUGUUGAAAGAAUUCCUCCACCUCCUGAUGUUGCUACGAGUCCACUAAGAGCUUUAAUAUUUGAUAGCUACUAUGAUCCUUAUCGUGGUGUUAUUGUAUAUUUUCGAGUCAUAGAUGGGAAGAUAAAGAAAGGUGACAGAAUUUAUUUUAUGGCCAGUCAGAAGGAUUAUUUUGCUGAUGAAGUUGGAGUUUUAUCUCCCAACCAGCUACAGGUGGACGAAUUGUAUGCGGGUGAGGUAGGGUAUCUUUCGGCAUCAAUAAGGUCAGUUGCAGAUGCUAGAGUGGGUGACACUAUUACUCACUAUGAUAGAAAGGCAAAAAGCUCAUUACCCGGAUAUGAAGAAGCCACUCCAAUGGUCUUUUGUGGCCUAUUUCCUGUUGAUGCAGACCAGUUCCCAGAGUUGCGUGAUGCACUGGAAAAACUACAACUGAAUGAUGCUGCGUUGAAGUUUGAGCCUGAGACCUCAACUGCUAUGGGUUUUGGCUUUAGAUGUGGCUUCUUGGGUCUUCUCCACAUGGAAAUUGUUCAGGAAAGACUUGAAAGGGAGUACAAUCUGAGCCUAAUAACCACUGCUCCAAGUGUCGUGUACAGAGUGAACUGUGUUAAUAAUGAAACAGUUGAGUGCUCAAAUCCAUCCUUACUUCCUGAACCUGGACAACGGAGGUCGAUUGAGGAGCCACUUGUUAAGAUUGAGAUGCUUACACCGAAGGACUAUAUUGGUUCAUUGAUGGAAUUGGCUCAAGACAGAAGAGGUGAGUUCAAAGAGAUGAAAUAUAUCACUGAGAAUAGAGCAUCCAUCAUCUAUGAGCUACCCCUUGCAGAGAUGGUAGGUGACUUUUUCGACCAGUUAAAGUCCAGAAGUAAGGGCUAUGCUAGCAUGGAAUAUACUUUCGUUGGAUAUAAGGAAAGUGAAUUGAUAAAGCUUGACAUUCAGAUUAAUGGUGAGCAAGUGGAACCAUUGUCCACCAUUGUGCACAAGGAUAAGGCAUAUUCUGUUGGGAGGGCUUUGACUCAAAAGCUGAAGGAGUUGAUACCUAGACAAAUGUUUAAAGUACCAAUUCAAGCAUGCAUAGGUUCAAAAGUAAUUGCUAGUGAAACUUUAUCAGCAAUUAGAAAGGAUGUUUUGGCCAAAUGCUACGGUGGGGAUAUCUCAAGAAAAAAGAAACUCCUCAAGAAACAGGCUGAAGGGAAGAAAAGAAUGAAGGCAAUAGGUAAAGUAGAUGUACCACAAGAAGCCUUCAUGGCAAUCUUGAAGCUAGAGAAGCAAGUUUUAUGAUUUGACCAUCAUACAAUACAAUGCAUAUUUUUUUUUUGUUCA